CGUCUUCAGAGCUCUCCCGCUCAACACGAAACUCCAAAUGGUGACGAUGGCAGCCGAUAAUCCUAAAUCCAUCAAUAAUGCUCAUCGAAAUCAUCAGGAAGAACCAAAGGAAACAUACAUCACGGUGAUGAAUAUCAGAUCUGAGAUGAGACUCAUGCCGUGCCGUCCAAUCGUGCUGUCUGGACCAUCCGGAGGUGGCAAAAGCACGAUUCUCAAUAGGGCGAUGAAAGAAUACCCGAACAGUUUUGCAUUCAGUGUCUCGCAUACGACACGCAAGCCUCGCCAAGGUGAAGAACAUGGCGUACAUUAUUGGUUUGUAAAUGCGGAUGAUAUGCAGCGCAUGAUUGAAAACGGAGAAUUCUUGGAGUAUGCUACGUUUGGAGGGAAUACUUACGGAACAAGCAAAAAGGCAGUCAAAGACGUGGAGAGCACGGGAAAAAUCUGUGUGCUGGACAUUGAGCUGCAAGGCGUACUCAAUAUUAAAAAAUCGAAUCUCAAUGCUCGUUUCAUACUCAUCCGUCCACCGAGUCUGGAAAUUCUGGAAAAACGUCUCCGUGAUCGUGGUACCGAGAAGGAGGAAGACAUCGAGAAACGACUAAAACAUGCUAGAGAAGAUCUGAAAGCUUCUGAACAAAACCCGGAUCUGUUUGACCUGGUUAUCGUCAAUGACGACCUUGAAACUGCCUACAAACAGUUUAUUGCUGCGAUAGAGGACGAUCUCAUGUCGAUCUCAUCGGCUUAAUGUGAGCAAUGGGCGUGUCAGUCCCAUGCUCCGCCUAGUCACCAUUGAGCUUCACGAAGAUAGAGCUGAAUUGCAGGAUUUUUAUCUCAAACUUGUAGGAGAUUUAUCAUUUCCAAAUGAUUAUUUGUAUUGGAUAAUCUGAGUAAUGUCUCAACUAACGAUCCGCUCACAUAUUUAUAUGACUCAAUAAGAGAUCUAGUUAAAGCAAUUAAUCAAGGGAAAUUGUCCUCCGGUCAAAAUUUUCUCGAAAUGUGCAACGUUUUACUAUUCAAUGUUAGUAAUGUGAUUGCAAGUAUGUAUUACUGUACAACAGGAAUGUACUGGAUUCCCUAACAGUGAUGAGUUCUCAUAUCAACUGGUAUUUUAUACGUCUAUACUUUUUUGUGUUUUUUCAUUCAUAUCUGUCCAUGUUGUGUGAUGAUGGCGGAAUGAAGCAUUGAUUUGUCUU